CGGUGUGUUUUGUUUUCAGUACGGAAAGGCGCAGAAAAAUUGGAGGUUGGUUGGUUUUGUGUUGUGAUGUCUGAAGCCUGCCCGAUAACGACACCGAAUCGUACUCAUUCAUUGAGAAAAUGUCGUGAACGAUUGAGUUUUGCGGGGUGGCAAGGGAAAGGCAAACUUCGUGAUUGAUUGUAUAGGAGUAUUGAGUUUAUAGUGAAAGUGAAAAAUAUACAACGUCAACAUGGAUCAAAUGCUGCCGAGUCCAUCGGCUUUCAGCAUCCCAAGUAUUGGGACCCCUCUUCAUCAACCAGAGGAAGACCAAAUGAUCCUUCCACAUGCUCAACAACAACAGCAACAUAAUCUCCAGUCCUCAAACAGCAUGGGAGGCGGUCUUCCUUCCUUGGGAGGACCGUCCUCAAUGAUGACUCCUCAUAAAAUGCACACUUAUGCCCCUUCAGUGGCCGGAUUUCAAACACCUCAUAGUAUGAUGCAGCCUCAGACACCACAAAACAUGAUGUCUCCAAUGAUGGUCGGACCUCCAAGUCACCCACCCAUACCUUCAAUAGGUCCAUCAACGCCUGGUCCCAUGACCCCUAUGACACCAGCUUCUGCAGAUCCUGGAAUUGUUCCUCAGUUACAGAAUAUUGUUUCAACAGUGAACCUUAAUUGUAAGCUUGAGUUAAAAAAGAUUGCUCUUCAUGCAAGAAAUGCCGAAUACAAUCCAAAGCGAUUUGCAGCUGUUAUCAUGAGGAUAAGAGAACCAAGAACUACUGCCCUGAUUUUUAGUUCUGGUAAAAUGGUCUGCACUGGUGCUAAAAGUGAAGAAGAUUCUAGAUUAGCAGCCAGAAAAUAUGCAAGAAUUAUUCAAAAGCUUGGAUUUCCUGCUAAAUUUUUGGACUUCAAAAUUCAGAACAUGGUUGGCAGCUGUGAUGUGAAGUUCCCUAUUCGCCUAGAAGGGUUGGUUCUUACGCACGGACAGUUCAGCAGUUAUGAACCUGAAUUGUUUCCAGGUCUCAUAUAUCGUAUGGUUAAACCUAGAAUUGUGCUAUUAAUAUUUGUUUCUGGUAAAGUGGUAUUAACAGGUGCUAAAGUAAGACAAGAAAUUUAUGAUGCGUUUGAUAAUAUUUAUCCCAUUUUAAAAAGUUUCAAGAAGCAGUGACUUUUUUUUAUUUCAAUUUCAAGACUGUUUGUAGCUUUUGAUCUAAAAAAUUAUCAGUGUUUUCUUUCUAUUUUGAAGUAGUCCAAAAUAUUUUGGUGCUUUUAAUUAUUCUUUUUUUCCUUGUUCUGUACAUGGCAUGACUGAUUCAUGUAAAAAGUUCCACAGAGCUACACUUUUUGAUGAGACACUAUUUGAAAACAAAGAAACUAAAAUAUUUUUCUAUUUAAAUGUAACUCAAGUUUUCUUUGGCAGUUAAUGCAAGUAACUUUAAGUGCAAUGAUACAGGACCAAAGCCUUUGACUUCUAGGUUUAGUUGAUCUCAUUCUAUUAAAAAAAAAUAUGUUAUGACAAUGGCUUUUGUCUGAGUUUCUCAUCAAUGUACAAUGGCACAGAAAAGUUCCUCAUUUGUUAAUGUUGAAGAGAUUUUGUUUGUGCCAUCACAUCUGUAAUUAAAGAGUGAUAUUUCAAUGAAUUGUUAAUUGUGAGAAUUUCUAAGUAUGAAUUUACUUGCUCUAUGCUAUCAUCCAUUAGAAGUACUUAUGUGAUUAUUGUAUUAUUAAUAUAGACUUCAAGUUACACAUGGGAUAUCAUUUGGUUUGUUCUCAAAUCUCAAUCUACAUGCAUUGUGAUGGCAGUCAAGUCAGUAUCACUCAAGGUCAGUUCAUAGCUUUACCAGUUCUAAUUUUCAGUUUUAUCACUGUUAUGGUUGUAUAAACACUGUACCUAUGUAAAUUUUUUUUAAUUUUAAAGUUUUUCUUGAUGAACCAAUGCAAUGCUUAGAUUUUGUGUAUAUUUCAUAUAAAUAGCUAGCAGUUUUCUUUCACGGCAUUGCAACUUGGUCCAAGGUUUACAAGCGUAACUAUUCUAAACUAUGUCAUAAGUGUAAAUUUGAUAGCUGUUUAUAUCAGUGUGUGGGAUUUUUAUGUAUAUUAUCUUUGUACCAUGUAAAUAUUACCACAAAUCAUUUAUUAUAAUGUGCCUUUGUAUGUUUGAAAACAUUUGUUGGUUUAUUACAGUCAAACUUAAAUCUGAA